GCCAAUUGUUUUGAGACUUUUCUAUUGCGUGAGAAAACUCUGCAAGACUUUGCAGAGGCUAGUUAGUUUGUCCAGACGCCAUAGACAUCGACCAGCAGCUUCCUCAUCGAUUGUCUUCCUGCUUGCUAUGGAGGCUGCCAUAUCUGUAGUCACAGCUGAGCUAGUAAGCCGUUUCAUCUCCUUCCUGAAGAACAAGUACCAAUCCUCCUUGAACCAUGCCGAAUCCGAGGAGAAGGUGGUGGAGAGAUUGCAGCACCUCCUGACGAGAGUCAGCAUCGUCGUUGAGGAGGCAGAUGGGCGGUACAUAACUAACUCUGGGAUGUUAUUGCAGCUGAAGAUGCUCUCAGAGGCCAUGUACAAAGGAUACCGCGUGCUGGACACCUUGAGGUACAAAACCCUCCAAGACAGUGCAUGCUUUGACAAGGUUAGCGUCAAUGACUCAUCUAGUAGCAGCUUGUAUUUAGCCAUUCCUUUCAAGCGUUCUCGAACAUAUCGUGAGAAGGAUGACAAGGCCAUGUGCCUCGAGUCAGAUGGUGCCAUGGAGAGCUUAGAAACUAUUGUUGCUCAUAUGGCAGAAUUUGUUGUUCUUCUUGGUGGAUGUGAGCGCAUGUCUCGUAGGCUAUAUGAUGUUUAUCUUUACAACAACAGCUACAUGUUCGGCCGACAUGCCGAAAAGCAAAGGCUCUUGACCUUCUUGUUGGAGCACAACAUCCCUCCUGGCGAUCAUGCACUAGAAGUUCUUCCGAUCAUCGGUGGUGUUGGAGUUGGGAAGAAAACAUUGGUUGCUCAUGUGUGUGGCAACGAGAGGGUUCGCUCACGCUUCUCCUCUAUUUUGCACUUGAAUGGAGACAACCUCAUGACGAUACUUGACCAUGGAAGGACCAUGUUUGGGAUGAUGUUGGUAGUUAUUGAGUUUGCCUCUGAUGUGGAUGACGAUGACUGGAAAAGGUUUCACUCCUUUCUCAUAAGAGUCAGCAGAGGAAGCAAAAUCAUCAUCAUAAGUAAACUUACAAGAUUAGCCCGGUUUGGAUCAGUGCAACCUAUUUUUCAAAGUGUUUUGUCUUAUGACGAGUUGAGAUAUCUUUUCAAGACUCUGGCAUUCGGGAGCGUAGAUCCCAUAGAACAUCCACGACUAGUACAAAUAGCAGAUGGGUUUGCCAAGGAGUUGCACACUAUGCAAGGCGCACUUGUCGCAACAAAUAUGUACGCAGAUGUCUUGAGAAGGAACCUCGAUGUUCAGUUCUGGCGUUGCAUAUUGGACAGGGGAAUAAGAUAUGUUAAAAGAAACAUCUCCAUAUAUGGCGUGCACCCAAGCACGCUUCUAGAACAAGGCCACCCAGUGGACAUAACUGACUUUGCUUUGCACCCACUUAGCAUGAGACGUUAUACAAUUAAUGCUUCAAUCAAGGAGGAAUCACCAAGUGUGACAUUGGGGGAACUUCUAGCUGAUCCUAGCGUUAGACCCAAUGAAGAUUUCAUUCUAAUUUCAUGGGAAUCAAGGAUACCCCCUCGCAACACAUUUGCCCGCUUUGUUACAAGUCAUGCUGAGGACACAAGUGAAGGUAGUGCUUUACAUCCCGGGAGGAAACGACGAGGAGCGCCCAUUUAAUUUUAUUUCAAUACUCGUGUAAUGUAAUUCUUUUGUAAAUUACAUUAUACAUUAUAAACAAAUGUGUUCAUGUAUACGGAGUACAGUUGAACUAAAUGUAUUACAGACCUCAUGUAACGUACAGUAAACUUUUAUGUUUUACAAGAUCAAACUAUUC